AUGGUCUUGUCGUCGAGUGUGAGAGCACUCGCAAAGCCGGCUGAAAGCUGGAUCUGUGCAUCAUGCCGCCUCCAACAAGGUCGUGCGGCCACUCGCGCCUAUUCUGCAUGUCCCGAUAGCAGGACCAAGAACGCGUUUGGCCAUCAUAGAUAUACGCAAAGUCUUACCAAGAGACAUGCAUCCACGUCUACUGAUGGCUUUGGAUCUUCUGGACCGAGGAAUGGAAAGCUGCCAGACAGUCCAGCCAGAACCCGAUUUGCCCCUUCGCCGACAGGAUACAUGCAUAUCGGAGGACUGAGAACAGCACUAUUCAGCUACUUGCUUGCAAGACGAACGAAAGGCCAGUUCAUUUUGCGAAUAGAAGACACGGAUCAGAAGCGACUAGUCGAUGAUGCCGAAGCACGACUUUGCGAGGAUCUCCAAUGGGCUGGCUUGCAGUGGGACGAAGGACCACAAGUUGGUGGAUCAUAUGGACCUUACAAACAGUCUGAGCGAAAUGAUAUCUAUCAACAGCAUGCUAGGAAUCUGUUAGACUCAGGUGCUGCAUAUAGAUGCUUCUGCACACCUCAGACUUCCGGAGCGAGCGGUGGCAAAGCAGCGUAUGUCACGAGUGGUUGUUACCAAGAUUGCUCAUCAUUGCCAACUGAGCAAGCGCAAGACCGCGCCGAAUCGAAGCACGAAGCAUUCACGAUACGUCUGAAGCAGCCUGAGAACGUACAUAAGCGCGUGUACACAGACCUGAUCUAUGGCAAGAUACAGCGUCUAAAGCGAUCGCCCAGCGCCAGCCAAGGUGGGGAGGACGAUUCUGGCAUCGAUGCUGCGGACACGAUUCUCGUCAAGUCAGAUGGCACGCCGACCUAUCACUUUGCGAACGUCGUGGACGAUCAUCUAAUGAAGGUGUCGCAUGUCAUCCGUGGUACAGAGUGGAUGGCAAGCACGCCUCUACAUUACGAUCUUUACUCAGAAUUCGGUUGGGAGCCGCCGGCAUUUGCCCACGUUGGUCUCCUGGUCGAUGAGAAUAAGGCCAAGUUGUCGAAGCGCAGCAACACUGGACUCAUUCUUGACGUGAAAGGCAUGCGAGAGCAGGAAGGUAUUCUACCCGAAGUGCUAUGUAACUUCCUCGCGCUACUAGGUUGGAGCAAUCCUGGUCGAAACGACGUCUUGGAGAUGGACGAGCUCAUUCGGAACUUCAACCUCAAGUUCACGAAAGGCAACACGAUCGUGCGAAUGGAGAAGUUGUGGUACUUGCAGAAGCAGCAUGUAGCACGCAAGUGUGAAAGAGCUCGCGAGACCAAAUCCGUCGAGCCAGUCCAGGACCUGGUUCAACAGAUCAGAAAGGAAGCAGUAGCGACAUAUCAGGACGAGAUCUCAUCACGCUUCCCAACCACUGAAGAGCAAGACGCCUACUGCGCGCAGGUGUUGCUAGCAGACUCCAAGUCUUACCAAACGCCAAAACAGUACAUCGAACGCAACCGCUACUUCUUCAAGUACGAUCCUGAAGAGCUCACCCACAGCGAUAACUUCGCCGAUGGCGCCACGUCAAUGGCCUAUCAAUUCCUCACGCGGAAGAUGCUGGAAGACUUUGAUUUCAAGCAACCAUUCCUUGAGCCAGUCACGCCGACCAAGCCCUCUAGCACAACCCAUGACAACGCUACCGAUAUUGACCACAAGUCAACCCUUAUCCACGCCGCCACCAACCACUCGAUCUGGCGCGCCCUCGUCAAUCCCAUGUGGCUCAUGCUUCCCACCGAUAAAUACCUUGAAGCAGCCAAGUCCGGCCAGGUCCCUCAGCCUGGUGAAGAGCUCAGCCACGUUCCCUUCACAGACAAGCCGCUGGAUCUUGAGGCGUAUGCUAAGUUUGCUGCCGAUAAGGCAAGCAAUCCUGCCCUGACUGCUGCCGGGACAGAGGAGACGGUCAAGGCGUAUAAGGAGUGGAACAAGGGUAUGAUGAGGUAUUUGAGGGAGAAGCUGAGUUACGGUAUGCCGGGGCCUAGUGUGGGUGUCAUCAUGGCGAUUUUGGGGUAUGAGGAGUGUUGUAAGAGGCUUGGUGCUGAGGUGCAGGGGAGGGGAGGAUGGUGA